CACGCGCACACGUUUUUACUAUCCAGCGCUCGCCGAUUAUUCGGCAUAAACCCGCCGCAGAAACACGGACAAGACCGAGGAAAUGAAGGACAAACAGAAGAGGAAGAAGGAGCGCACGUGGGCCGAGGCUGCUCGCAUGGUUCUUGAGAACUUCUCGGACGCCCCAAUGACACCUAAACAGAUCCUUCACGUCAUCCAGACAAAGGGACUCAAAGAAAUGAGAAGGUAAGUUGCUAUGAUUAUUGUGCUAUGUUAAAGAGCUAUGAUAUAUUAGCACUCGAACGUACUUUUAUGUAAAUAUCGCU